CCCAUUAUAGUUCACUGUGCUAUUUCAGGGUUAAUAAAGCAGCCAUCACACUGGAUCGUGGAAUUCAUCACUGGCUUUGCUCCAGGCUGCUGUGGCUCCUGUCUCAUCCACUCCCAAUCUCUGUCCCUCCCCUUCCCUUCCAGUGAAACAUUGCCUACUGAGUCGAUUGUCCUGUCAGGGUUUGGUUUACUCUCUCUGGUCUAUUCUGCAAAUCACUGUGUUGUCUCUUGUGUGUAACGUGAGCGGAGUGUGGACGUGGCGUCCCUGUGUGUAUGUGCAUAUGGCAUGUGAUGGCUCCUACACAGUGGUUAUCGUCCCUCUGCAGAACAGCCUGGAUAGCUUGGACGCACUGCGAUUCUUCAACUGGAUGAAGAAACUGCGUGAUCUGGAGAGAGAGAAGGACAGUCUGUGGAUUGGACUGCAGGUCCUGGAACAGGCUCGGUUCUGGUAUCAGCACCAGCUUGAUCACGUCUCGCAGAGGCAUGCAAGGAUUGGCACAAGAAAGCAUGAUGAGAAAGACGAGGGUUGGUCGUGUGCGUUACGCUCCUCCAUGCAGCGUGUGAAUGGAAGCCUGGGCAGUUUGCUGAACAAUGCCUAUGUGUCUAGUGCAGCCCCUGAUGAGAAGGAAGGCUCAGACUGGUAUCUGCGCUGGACCAAUGCCACACUCACCCAGGAGGUGAGUCAAAAGAAUGGCAGGAUUUCAAUGUUGGAGUUUGAGAAACAGACACUCAUUCAACAACAGGAUGGAAUGCACUACUUCUGAGGACACACACACACACCUUUGUAAAAUAGUCUUGAAUGUGCUUCUGAAUGUACUUUUAACACACAACCACAAUCUGUGGCUUUACUUACUGUAACAGUUGUAAAUAUGUUUGGAAAAUUGUCAUUUAAUAUAAUAUUCUUUGUUUUUUCUUACUUUAUAGAGUUAGAUGGUGUCCCUUGACUAUAAAUGUGAAUUGUGAAUUUUUAUGGCUGUUCAUACUUUAUUAAAUAAACUAUUUGGUUUAUUGUGGCCAAAGGCAA